AUGCCGACACCAGAAUCCGAGCUCUUUAAGAGCCAGAAACCCAAUGUUGCGCCGACCUUCAACGGCGUCGACUACGACGACACCAAGGCCUUCAAAGCCGCCGAAGAUGCCAUCAUCAGAGAACAAUGGGUCGGUGCCAUGAAGACCCGGCUUGUCGGAGAAGAAUUGGGCAAGUGCUACAUGCGCGAGGGUGUUAACCACUUAGAGAACUGCGGCGAGUUGCGAGAGAAAUACCUGCGGAUGCUUGCUACGAACAAGGUCAAGGGAACCAAAUUCUUGCAACAAAAUUACCUCGAACAAAAAGACCAGGAGUUCGAUAUUGCUGCAAAAACCCACACUGCUGACAAGAUGGCCAAGAUUAACGGCGGCGCUCGAUUUUCUUCUUAG